AUGGGCACGCGAUUACGUGAGUGUAAAAAGAAAAAUAAAGGGCUCGGCGGCAAAGGCAAACUAACCGGUAAAAUGAUCGAUAAGUUAACGGUUUACUAUGGUCUAGCUAUACGUAGAAAUUAUGACUCAGCAGAGAAUAUGAAAACAGCUAUUUGGGCUACACAUAAUCACUACAGUUCAACAAACGAAAAUCCGAAACAUGACCUCUGUCCGGCGGGAGCGGAAUCGUGGUGCGAAUGGCAGCGCGCGUACGCAGAGUUACCAAGCAAUCAGAAACAAAAAAUAAAAAGUUUUAUACACACCUACGACGCUUUGCCGACUGAUGUUUUAACGGUUAUCGAGCCAAUUUACAAGGACUUGAGCGGCUUAAUACCAAUCGAAAUAGCUGCAUAUGUGUCAGCUUGUGCUUUUAAUCAAGGCUCAAAAGCUUUGUUACAAAUAAUGCAAGCGAUGGGAGUUUCUACUGGCCCAAAUGCCCAUGCAUUCGUGGCAGACGAAGACGAGGGACGCGUCGCUAUUGCCGAGCGCCGCGCGCAAGAAAAUACACAAGAGACCAGAAAGCAUCGUAGACAGAAGAAAAUUGAUGCUUUGGAGGUGGCUUCGGCAGCAGAAGGCUUACUUUAUGGGCUUGAAAUCGAUGAUUCUGUUGACAAUUCAGUAGCUUGCACAAACAGUCAAGAUAAAUGGCAAAUAAUUUUAUCUUCGAAAAAUUGUACGAUUAAGAAACAUUUCGAAGGUUGGCAGGUCUGUCAAAAAAAUUCCAACAAUGAAGAAAACGAUUUGCGGUUGAUUUUAACAGUUCCUAAGUCAAAAGCUAAUAAGCAAUGUGUAGCUGAGACGAUCAAAACCGCAGAUGCCGAGAUUUGUUGCAAUCGCGAGGAUCUUGAAGAAUUGUUAGGAGCAGAGCAUAAAGAGAAUGAUCGAGAAAACGGAAAUAUAAUAUUGACGGAUUAUUUAAAAUUGAUAACAAACGACGAGGCUAGAAUAAAUCUUCUGUUAAAAAUUUUGACAAUAGCUGUGAACGAGCAUAAAUGUUACGUGAUUUGCGGCUCGUUUCCGUCAUUGAGGAAACCGCUGAUGGACAGAGGUUGGGUUGAGAAACGAGCUAUUAGGAAAAUGAUAUCAAUCUCCCUCAAUACGUACGAAGACGGUUUACAGCAAAUAGAAAAAUUGCUCCGAAUUCCUGCGGAUUUUAUAUGGUAUACAAAUAAGAAACCUGUUAUAAGAACGGAUGACAAGACUAUUAUAAAUAAAUUUGCUGGCAGCUAUUUUACGUCGAAGGUUGAUAUGUGUAACAAUUUGGAGAAAGCCUAUUGGUUUUAUGAACCCGGGGUGUCAAAUGUACAAUUUCCUCGAUGUUACAAUUUUUAUCAAGCAGCGCAAAUGGAAGAGUUUAUACAAGAUUAUUACAUCACUGCGUGUUUCGGGAUUUUAAAAUGGUUCUCGUUACUUGCCAGUUUGGUAGGACCGAAGAAUUCCUGGUCCCCGAAUGGAAAAAUUCCCGUAAAUGCGAUUUCGUUCGCCUUGGAACGCUGUGUAGAAUACAUAGGCAUUCAAGUACAUGAGGACAUAGAUCGUGAAACUUAUGAGGAUAUACCUCCCUCUGCUUGGCAACAAUUCUUGGAUUGGUAUCACGAAAUAAUAUAUAAGCGUGUUUUAUUGAAAGAAACCGAUAAAGUUGAUAUAAAUGAGCUUGUUACAUCUGUGCGUGAUAUAAUGAGAGAAAUGAUAAAAUACCGACCGCAAAGUAAGAUCGACGGUAUAAGAAAUAUAUGGAUUUUAAAACCUGGUAACGACAGUUUAGGACGGGGAAUUGUUUUAAAAAAUUCUUUGGUUGAUAUCCUUGCGAAGGUGAAUCAAGCAGCGAAAGAAAAUAUCGAGUAUGUCGUGCAAAAGUACAUAGAGCGACCAAUGCUUGUUUAUAAUACAAAAAUAGACAUUAGGCAAUGGUUUUUGAUAACUAAGACACAACCUCUCGUCGUGUGGACGUACAAGGAUAUUUUAAUACGGUUCGCUUCGAAAAAUUUCACUCUUAGUGAUUUUCACGAGUCCAUUCACUUGUGUAACACAACGGUACAGCUGAGGUAUCGGAAGUUACCAAGAUGCAAUUCCGACUUACCUGAAGAACGUCACUGGAAUCUUCAAGAUUUGAAGGCUUAUCUUCAAUCACGUAAUCAAGAAUUGGCUUGGGAAAAGAUUAUCAGGCCGGGAAUAAAGCAAAAUUUAAUUGGAGCACUUCUAGCGUCGCAAGAUAAUAUGGUAAAUCGCAAGAACAGUUUUCAAUUAUAUGGCGCUGAUUUUGUAUUGGCUGAUGAUUUUUCGGUGUGGCUAUUGGAAAUAAAUACAAAUCCACGAUUGCAUCCGCCAAGCAGCAAAGUCACUGCAAAACUCUAUCCGGAAGUUAUUGAAGAUGCAAUGAAAGUGGUCUUGGAUCGGCGUAAAAAUAAAAAGGCGUCCCACGGCAAAUUCGAAUGUAUUUACAAGCAACGCAAUCCAUUUUGUGACGUCAAUAUUUUGGGACAAGGCACGAGUCUCGGCAUUCGUGGCAAAGGUUUAUUCAUUACAUCAAAAUCACCGUGACAUGCAUUACGACUAUAUGAAGUAACAUCGCCGAAAUUCAUCCGUGGAGAAAUCUAUUUUGCAAAGAGAACGGUUUCAAUUUCCAUCAUAAUCCACUCGGUAAUGCAAGCAAUUUCGUAUUAGCAUAUAAACAAAGUGAUAUGUUUAUAAGUCAUAAAUCGUUAUAUAUGUAUGUAAAA